ACAGGUUCACUAUCACCUCAAUUCUCGACUCUGCAGGACUAGACUUGGGCGAGCAGAACAAACCUGAGCCAUCAGACUGGCGCGAAUACUAUAAGGAGAGACACCUGGCUAUGGCAAAAAUGAACAACGACGGGGACGCCCAGAUCGCAAAGUCAGAAAAGGACUAUGAGGAGGCGCAGGAACUUUUGAGGGGGUUCCAGACAUCCGGAGAGAUCGACUCGUUGAGCAAAGCAGCACAGUUGAUGGUUGGCAUUCUGGAUAAUUUCCCGGGACAUGCUGGAUGCUAUCAUUUGCUUGGAUUCGCAUUAUAUGUCCUAAACGAGCUCGAGGACGCCCUUUCGCUGCUUGAGAUCGGAAGCAUGGUGGAUCCAAAUUACGAACCUAUCAGUGAAUUGACACGCGAGAUCCAAGGACUGCUCGAUGGAUACGGCUCAACAAUGACGGACGGUGCACCUUUACUGGACUCUGCCAAGGAGCUGUCUGCAUCCUUGAAGGCUGCCUUGACAGACAUUUUCAAUACCUUUGACAAGGAUCACGACGACGCUCUGUCACCCUCAGAGCUAUCAGAUUUUGUGUACAAGACCAACGGAAGUCGACCACCAGCUGCCUUCUUGACACAGAUGGGCAUUCAAUUUGGAAAGAAUGCCAAGGGCUACUUGACCCUGGAGGGCUUUUUCAAUUUCUUCCUCGAGCAGACGUUAGAGGACCCAAUUGAGACGCGUCGGGACCUGGAAAAGCAUGGAUGGGAUGGCGACAGAUUGGUCCGCGUUGACAUUGCCAGGAACGCUUAAUAACACGAAGCUGCGGAUCAUUUCCAACCACCAAGUAGAGCAUAGGAAGGAUCAUUGAAACCACCAUAAAAAUGUAGAAAACAU